AUGGCAACAUUCCCAGGUAGAGCACAAGGACAGCUAGCUUUCGAUGAAUACGGAAGACCCUUUAUCAUAUUAAGAGACCAAGAGAAAAAGAAGCGCCUAUGUGGCAUACAGGCACACAAAUCGCACAUAAUGGCAGCGAAAACAGUAGCAGGGACUCUAAGAACAUCUUUGGGUCCUAAGGGUUUAGACAAACUUCUUGUUAGUCCGGAUGGAGAUGUAACUGUUACUAACGAUGGACGAACAAUUCUUGACAAAAUGGAUGUGGAGCAUGAAAUUGCAAAAUUACUUGUUCAACUUAGUAGGUCUCAAGAUGAUGAGAUAGGAGAUGGUACUACGGGUGUUGUUGUCCUCGCGGGUGCACUUUUAGAACAAGCUGAACAAUUGCUUGACAAAGGUCUUCAUCCAAUUCGCAUAGCAGAUGGCUACGAAUUAGCUGCAAAACAUUGCCUUUCCACCCUAGAAGAGAUCAGUGUUCAAUUCGAAUUUUCUAUCGAAAAUCGAGAACCUCUCAUCAAAACUGCUAUGACUACUCUUGGGUCAAAAAUCGUCAACCGUUGUCAAAGAAUGUUUGCCGAAAUGGCAGUCGAUGCCGUUUUAUCAGUUGCUGACUUGCAACGUCGUGAUGUGGAUUUUGAACUCAUCAAAGUCGAGGGAAAAGUUGGUGGUAGACUUGAAGACUCAUUGUUGGUGAAAGGUGUAAUUGUUGACAAGGAUUUUUCUCAUCCUCAAAUGCCGCGUUCAGUAGAAAAUGCCAGACUGGCAAUUCUUACGUGCCCUUUUGAACCACCAAAACCAAAAACAAAACAUAAUUUGUUUAAGUUCGAGGAAAUGGUAAAAAAGGUCAAGGACACUGGUGCUAAUUUGGUUAUUUGUCAAUGGGGUUUCGAUGAUGAAGCUAAUCAUUUACUUUUACGUGAGAAGCUACCGCUGUUCGCUGGAUUUGAGGAGUUAACCAAGGAAAAACUUGGGAAGGCGGGUGUGGUACGUGAACUUUCAUUUGGCACUACCAAAGAACGUAUGCUUGUAAUUGAGCAGUGUGAAAACUCAAAAGCAGUGACCUGCUUUAUACGCGGUAGUUCUCGAAUGAUUGUGGACGAAGCAAAACGUUCAUUACAUGAUGCUCUUUGUGUUGUUCGCAAUUUGGUUCGCGACUCUCGAGUUAUUGCUGGAGGUGGUGCCUGCGAAAUUGCGUGUUCCUUGUCAGUUGCUGCUGAAGCUGACAAAGUUGAAGGUCUUGAGCAAUAUGCUAUGCGAGCGUUUGCUGAUGCUUUAGAGGCGAUUCCAAUGGCUUUAGCUGAGAAUUCAGGUUUGCCACCAAUUGUUACAGUCUCUGAACUAAAAGCACGGCAACUGUGCGACCAUAAUCCUCGUCUUGGAGUAGACUGUCUGAAUGUUGGUACUAAUGAUAUGUAUCAUCAAAACGUCCUCGAAACGUUAAGUUCCAAGCGCGCUCAAAUCAUGCUAGCUGUUCAACUUUGCAAAAUGAUAUUGAAAAUUGACGAUAUUCGUGUUUCUGUGGAUGAACUGUAA